GUCUGCGUUGUAGUAUAAGUCAAUUGUAAUUACACUGUUCCCGAGUGUGCGGUAGUGCAGUGUGUGUGAUCGAGUGAUCGAGUCGUGAGCUCAGAUCCCAGCCUGAGAUUGCGUUUCGCAUCUCUCGCCGCCCACCAGCGCUGGCCGCCCUCCAUACAUACUUGUCAUCAGACUGUCAGACAACAUGUUGCACAAGCGACGACGCAUAUCAGAACUAGGCCCGUCUACCUCGCUGUCCACCGAACACGCACAAACCGCAUCCAUCGAAGCACUCCUCGACGGCGGUCUUCCGUAUUCAAGAAAGCUCUGUGGACAUAACGCCUGCGUCAACGCUCUCGUUUUCUCUCAGUCAGGACGCUGGCUUGCAAGUGGCGGAGACGAUCCCCAUAUUUUGCUAUGGGACUUUCACCAAGAUGACUUGUGCGAGCCUACGCGACGUUUCAUCGGGCAUAGAACGAACAUCUUCGCUCUAGCGUUCUCUGCGACUACCAAGUACCUUUACUCAGGCGCAACAGACAAUAGCAUCCACCUAUAUGACUUCGAGUAUUCGCAGUCGUCACUGGACUCACGGACCGUCUCCGACCCUGACACCAUCCAUUUACUGCACAAGGAUAGCAUCCGUGGCUUAUCUUGCCACCCACACCAUGACGAGAUCUUCCUCAGUGCUAGCGAUGACGGCUGCAUCAUAAUGCACGACAUGCGAGCAGAGAGCACACUGACCCGUGCCCAGGGUACACUACAGCACGACUCCGAGUUUACCAGCGUACAGUUCCACCCCGAGAUGCCCCACAUCUUCGUGACGAGUGACAAUCGCGGUGAGAUGUGCCUGCGGGAUACUCGGAUGGCAUUUGGGCCGAAGAGCCGACGGAGAGACAAGGGCAUAGUGCAAAAGUAUGUGACUACGAUCACGAAGCCGUCAAUCCGGCACCUCAGCAAUUCAGAGGUCAGCAGUGUGACGUUCGACCGCACAGGGACGAAACUAGCUGCAACCAUGAUGCACUGCUCCCCUGCAAUAUACUCCCUCUCCGAUCCAUAUCCUGUCGCUGUGUGCACAGCGGCUACGCUUCCUGACGGCUCUCCCAUACCACCGGAUGAGCGUACAUAUGCAAAUUCAUGUACCAUCAAGCAUGGUUCCUUCGGCGGCGGAGGUCUCCCUGAUGACCCCUACUAUUGUGCGGGCUCUGACGACUUUCGGGCUUACACGUGGAAAAUUCCACCAACCGCGGCUUUGACGCAGCAGCGCCAGGAGUUCAGCAACGAUGACUGGUCGACUGAAAACUCCGAUACAAUUGGUUUCGCUGCAUCCACUACCGACACUCGGCGCGUCCCCGUCACGCUCUCCCAGCCAGCGGCCCGCCUCACUGGCCACCAAAGCAUAGUGAACACAGCCCUUAUGCACCCAACCUUCCCUGCCGUCCUCACCGCUGGCAUCGAGCGCAACAUCCUCCUGCACUCGCCAACCCCCGCCACACCGUUCCUGCCUUCCACCUCCCUGUCUCUGACGCCAACGAAUGUGCGGCCUCUCCCGUCAAGCGGGACGCCUGGGUCUAACCAACUCGUCAUGAGAGCGAUGGGAAUGCUGGAACCCGCAGGCGAGGACGAGCCGGAAGAUGACAAUACGACGAUCGCGCUCUUCGACCAGAUUCUUCGGCAGGAGAGCGGUACAGACACCUUCGCCGUGCGGAGAUGGAGUAGCGGUGAUGAGGACGAAGAGGAUACGGACGAUGCUAUGGAGUGCGUCGACGAUGGGUGACGCUAUUGACACGGCGGUUACUGUACACACCUCGUCGUUGACGCUGUUGUGAUAGGCAGGCAUAAAUACCUGGUGUAUCUUGGCUAGCCUCUGCAUAGACCUAGUACAGCUACUAAUCGCAGACUAUACAUUUCGUAUGAGGCCCAGGUUGCGCGUGGUAGCUGAAUUGGUUAGGAUUGC